AUGACACUCCCUACAACACCAACAUCGUCUGAUCCUAUCCUCGCAUUCGAUACCCACGUAACUGUGGGCAUCCUACACGCCCUCCCACUGUCGGAUCUCCUAUCGGCUUGUCUCAUCAACAAGAGCUGGAAUGCUCUCAUCAAAGCAAACUCGGAGUCUAUCUACCGAUCUUUGGCCCACAACAUUGGUAUUGACGCCAGGGAUGUUGAUAUCCUGGAAGGCUAUCACCAAUACGCGUCUUCCCGCAAGGAAGGAGACGAGGGCGCGUGGAAUAGAGAAAUAUUUGACGUCUGUGGCAUCAAAGCCCCCUUCGAAGACGCUAGGAAGGAACUAUCCUGGAAAAGGGCUUGUCAGACGUAUCUGAGACGAAAGAGGAAUUGGGUUUCUGGCCGAGGGACGGUGGGAUAUAUUGGGGUGCCCGACAAUGAUGUCGCGAGCGUCGCGGUGGACGAGGCGCAACAGGUGCUCUACGUCGGUACUUGGAACGAUACUGUACUGGGCGUCGAUCCCGCCAAGCCCAAUGAACUCUUCUCCGAGAUGGAUUUCGACGACAAUGGCGCCGUCCAAGAACUCUUCUGGCAGAACGACCAUCUCAUCAUUUCCGGCUCUGAAGCCGUACACACCUGGGUUCCCGACUCUGAUUCCCGAGGAUUUUUGGUCCCUUCCGAGACGAUAGAGUACAAGAAUGGAGAUGCAAAGAGGACGCAUGUGGGAGAGCAGAAUGGAAAGCCAGUUGUGGUCACUGUGAAGGAACCUCAUACCAUGCUUGUGCAGGAUGUGGUUGGCGGCAAGGAGAGCAAGCUUUUGCUGAAGAACCUGCCUGCGAAGAAAGUGACUUGGCCGAAAAGCAAGGUUAUCGUCAAAGACGACUACAUCUUCCUCAUCUCUGGCGGUCUUCACAUCUACCCAGUCUCCUCCCCCACAACCCUCCUCGCCUCUAUCCCCAAGAUCGACAUGCUCCCCUUCCCCAACGCCGUUGUGCCCAAGCACGUGUAUAGUCUGGGCAUGAACCACGAGGGAGUGAAGCCGCCGGUAGCUGAGGAUGGUGAGGCGUUGGUGCACAAGCUGGAGAUGGUGGUGGAGAAGAGUGAAGAUGUUGGGAUGGAUGCAAUGUUCAACUUUGUUUCAGACGUCCACGUUACUGCGACAGAUCUGUUUGUUGUUGGUACGACCGGGACCGUCUACGUUCUGCGUUCCUACAAAGACGUUUUGUCUAUCGCAGACCCUAAGAAAAGGAAGGCCGCCCUCAACGAGCAAGUCAUCGCACUCAAAUUCAAGGGUGGGCUGAACUCUAUCGCUGUGCAUGGCGAAAACGUCGCCAUAUUUUGCUUAUCCGGCAUCUACCUCCUCCACACCUCCUCCCUCCCCUCACCCUCCAGCACCCAGACCACCAUCCCCCUUCACCUGCUGCUUGAUGCCCCAUCCGCUCUCCUCCCCCAACUUGAAGAAUCCAUAACCCUCGUCCUCACCCGCUCGCGCCUGUAUGUCGUCUGGUCAGCUUCGAUCGAGUUUGAUGAAGGCGAGAUUGUGGAUGGGAAGGGCGUGGGGAGGUGUGUGGAUGAAGAGCUUUGUGAAGGGGAUGGAUAUUGCUUGAAAGUAUGGGAUUUUGAAGGGGAGGAUGAUGGGGUGGUGGUUUGA